AUGGACAGCGACAACAAUCUUAGUGCGGAAUCGCACCUUCCGGUCAACAAUUCACCGAGACAAGAUCGAAAGCUCAUUCAGCAGACACCCGACGGCUCCAGAAGAAGCAACUCUUGUCAUGAGUUCAACAAUCACCAGAGAAAUGAGAGAAGAAUCUUCGAAGAUCCAUACAAGGCGAACGGUUCACGCAGCUCCCAGCCUCCUGAAAAUGAAAUAAUUCGUUUAUGCCCAGAGACUGAGAAUUUCCGGGCUCAGUUUCUUCUGCGGGACACCCAGGGCUCAGAUGAUGAUUCUGACGUCAAAGGGGAUCCCAGUGAAAACACAGCAGCCAGUUCUCAAGGUCCCGAGGAGGAGUUGAAAUUCCCCGAAGAUCUCUCAGCAGAAGCUCGAAUUCAAUUUCUAAGGGCCAAGAGGGAGAACCAAAAACAACAAUUGGCACUCCAAUGCAGUGGAUCUAGCGAGGCGGGUGUCAAUGAGGAAGACCGCGAGGAAGACGCGGAGGAAGAAUCUGAGAAAGAUAUGGACCUCAGCUAUGACUUUGGCUUUGAUGAUGAUUCCGACAAUGACGACAAUCUGCUGUUCUGCAAAUUAAAAGAAUCCACCAAAGCGUCUCCGGGUCACGAAUUAUCACCGAGUCACGAAAUUGGCGACUACGCAGAGAAUCCGAAUGCAGAAGAGAAAGAAACCCAGACUCUAGACCCUGGACCCAAAGACAGAGAGGCAACUGUCAAGCACUCGGCUGCUGCACCGAAAAGAAAGCCUUCAAAUAGAAUUAGGCUCAAGCGGUCGAAAAGGGAGCAGGAACGGGCAAAGAAGAUAGGACUUUGCAAGCUUUUCACACCUGCAAAGCGCAGAUUCGAUGGCACCCAAGCAAGCCCCCGUUUUCCUGAAAUGGAGCGUCAAUCGAAGACAAGAACGACCAGACUCUCGGAAAAAGAGCUUCAAAGCAUUUUUGUCCAUAGCGACAUCAUCGAGAGCGCUAGAAUAAACUCAGAAUUGCCUGCUGCUCCUGGGUUCACUAGCCGAAACAGACAAGUCGCUCUUGAGGAAAUGGUUGCCAGUAUUCCCACUGAGGAUCAAGCCGAAGCUCGGUCGGACAAGUUUAGGAUCAAUGAGGCAAUCAAACAAUUCGACUACAAGCCCAAGAGCGAUGAGAAGGGAGGUUGGAAGGUCAAAGGCCUCAAAUCAAGUCUCUACCAUCACCAGGUUAUGGCUGUAGGGUGGAUGCGUGACCGGGAAAGAUCAACUACGGCGCCAUCCGGGGGCUUACUCUGUGACGUGAUGGGGCUAGGGAAAACGGUCACUGCCCUUGCCAACAUUCUGGACGGCAGACGCCGGGAUCGAAACGAGCAAAGGCCUCCGACGCUCAUCAUUGUGCCUUCCCAGCUUGUUGAUCACUGGAUGCGACAAAUAAAACUCCAUUUCGAUCUUGAUAUCUUCGGGGACACCUUCAAGUACGACAGUCGAACGAUUUCGGCCUUUUCGAACCCUGAUAGCAUUCUCAACUUUGAUGUGAUAAUUGCCACCUUCGAGGAUAUUCGGAAGUCGUAUCCAAAGCCGACGGCACCAAAGCAACUUAAAACACCUCAGGAUAUCAUGGACUGGUGGUAUGAACAUUAUGAUCGCGAGCUAGGCAUGUUCCACCAAGUCAAAUGGCACAGAAUUGUGGUUGACGAAGGGCAUUACGUCAAAAAUCCAGGCUCGCAUACAUCCAUGGCUGUGCGAGCUUUGAGCGGACAUUUCACGUGGAUUCUCAGUGGGACUCCUCUACACAACUGCGUUGAGGAAAUGUUCCCUUACUUUAAUUUCCUCGGCGUUCCCAACAGUUCUGAUUUUGAAAUAUUCAAGAAGUGCUAUUGUGAUUUAUAUAAGGGAUCUUUGGCAUCCAGGAAGCGACUGGUCAACAUCCUGAGGUCGAUCCUGCAUCGGAAAACACACGAGAGUCGGUUCAUGGGACGCCCACUCAUUGAAAUACCCAAGAUCACGGAACGUGUCAUAGCAGUGAAUCUCUGCGAGGCAGAAUCAUUUCUCUACAAGGCAUUGACAGACUUGUUCAUUGCAAAAAUCAACAGUAAGUUUCAGUCGAGUAUGAUCGAUCGCAUCUACUGCGUGGUGGCCAUCUUGGAGGCUUCUAGUACAGCAAAAGCAAAACCCUUGGGGCUCUGCCAAAAUGGAUCUCUGCAAUGGAACUGCAUUCUGACAAUGUUCCUCAAGCUACGCAUGUUCAUCAGUCACGUACUCACUGCCCAAGACAUCGUCCAGUAUGCUGUCAACCAUGACGACAAUUUGAUGGACAACAUGAAAGUCUUUGCCAAACUCAAUUCCGACGAUCCAUCAAAUCAGAUUUUUCAAUCGUUCCUGACUAUCCAGGAUAAUCCUAUCGUUCCUGAGACACCCUUCAUGACCGAAUAUCCGGGCCUCGCGGGGAAUUCGAAACUAAAAGGCGAUUACACGAAGAUGUCUGGCGAGUUUGAAAGAUUCAUGACAAGACUCUAUGAAGACGGAAACUGGGUUGAGCGCCGGAGAAGACUCCACUGCCCGCAUUGCCAAUUCAUGCCCCAGCGAGCCAUACUAACGUCAUGCUUGCAUCUAUACUGUGAAGAAUGCUUCAAUUCUCUCGCAGUUUGUGAUAUCGAGUCUGACACAGAAACCCUGGAAUGCUGCAGCUGCAAAAAGGUCAUUACCGAGGCGACAAAUUGCGGCAUAUUUGAUAAGAUCGACCCUCAUCAACCAUCUCCUGUGCCGUUUUCAACGCCAAUGAAGCGAAAGAGUGGAGGUCAAGACUCACCAGAUGACACGCCCAGUCGCAAUGGCAUUAAGCGGAUCACGAGACAUUCACGAAAGUCAUCCAAGGUCCACAAGUCUAAAUACGGCGUAUUCCAUACGAGGGCUCUUUAUGACAGUGAUGAGGAAGAAUAUGAAACCCCUGAAGUAGAUGACUACACCGAGGACUGGAUUCCGAUCAUUGGGGAAAGCACGCCUGGAGCCAAGCUCACUGCAGUUCGCGAACUGAUUCAAUCCUUCAUCAACAAAGACGACAGUGUCAAAAUUGUUGUAUUCACUCAAUUCAUCGACACAACGAGAUUGAUGGAGCAGAUCUGCAAAGCAGAGAAGUGGGCCUACACCAAGAUUACGGGUAAAAUGACGAUACAUGCACGGAACGACAAUAUUCAAAAGUUUCGCGAAGACCCCGACAUCAAGGUUAUGAUUGCAUCGCUGAAGACUGGUGGCGUCGGCCUCGACUUAUCGGUAGCCAAUAAAUGCAUUCUGGUCGAUCUCUGGUGGAACGAAGCUAUUGAAGAGCAGGCCUAUUGUCGACUCUUCCGCAUCGGCCAAAAGCGUGAAGUCGAGUACGUCAAGAUCAUCGUCAAGGACACCAUCGAUGAUAAGCUUCUUGACAUGCAGGAAGACAAGAAGAAGCGAAUCCAGGAAGUGAUUAGCCCAGAGGUCCUCGCUGGUCGCGACACAGAUAAGCAGCUCCUAGAAUGGUUUGGACAAAUCCAACGAGUCCCAGGAGGUGGCUAUCUAAUCACCCCCCCUUGA